UCUCUUCAGUACCUUUCAUAUUGCAUAUAGAGUGUACGUGCCCCGCGCGACCGGUUUUUGCCGACGAAAACAUUGCUUUCAAACGGAAUUGUUAUGAGAAUAGGUGAUUGUUAAUAUCAAAACAGUUAAAUGCCAACCGACGUUAUGUCAGCUACGUGUUGCGGUACACAUUUCGGCGAAAACUUCAACAAGAAAAAGAACAGUGACGCCGAGGUUAAGGCUGGCUUUUUGGUACUAUUGGGACCAGGCGGCAUGAGGCAGGACGUGAGGGUUGUCGUGUACAGGACCUCUUUAGAGCACUUCGCUGUUAUAUAUCCGAGAAAGAGACUAACAAAGGCCAUCGGCGUGGUCAACCUGAGGAACACGUUUGUCGACCGGGAUGAGAACAACAGUGGUUUUGUUGUCAGGCAAAAGGGUUACGACAACACAGUAUCGGCGAAGUUCCUGUGUUCAGAGCGCGACGUGGAGCCGUGGCUGGCUGCGUUCACAGCUCGCUCCUCACCACACUGUCACCACCACACCAGUCUGCCGGUGCUCGUCGAAGGCGAGGAGAGCUAAAACUGUUACCUAACCGAUAUUAUAUCGGUAACUGUGAUUGAUUGUCUAUCCGCACUUCGCAUAUAUUAUGCGAAUUUGCGAGACGUCGGAACGAGGUUGUGUUUGUUUUGCAAUGGGAUGCGAAAAGUGAAAGCGAAGUUUUUUUUUUUAUCUGUGAGCGCAUGAAAGUGCUCUCUGUAACGAUUAUGUAUUUACCUGAGUAUAAAAAGCGAUUGUGACGCCGUGAGUCACUGCAGCGCGAAUUGGGUUGUCUCGCUGAUUGUCUGCUGAUGAUACUUGUGUAGAUUGUUUUGUUAUCGCGUCUCGUUUCAAUUUUCGAGUAAUGACUGUCUUGUUAUAUUGGUGGACGACCAAAUAUUGUAGGUUAGUCUUAACAAUGUUGUGAUUGAGCUUAUUCGAUUAUUGUCAACUAGAUAUUGGUAGUCAGGUAUUAACAUUUCAUUCGUUGACGGGUUGAUAUUGUAAAAAUAGGUCUGAUAACUUAUUUCAACAGUAUAUUUUGUACAUAUUGAUAAUGUAUAAAUGUAGAUAGAUCUGUAGUUUGAUAGCUUUUACCUGUAGCUAUGCUGGUAUAUUACAGGUUUUCAUACUGUUUUAUAAAUUGUUUUCAGACUAGGUACGCACAUGUGGUUUGAUAUUUAUACUAUAUAUCUUAUUAUAUAUUCUAUUCUGUUUGAUAACUCUCGUAUUUAAAUAUUUGCCAAAUUUAAUCAAAAUUGACACAGUAAUUUAAACAUGACAUUAUAGACAUAUACAGAUCGUUCCAUUCAAUAUUAUCACAUUGUUACAAUAAUUACGAAUUACUAUAUUUUUUUAAUAUAUUUUUCUUUACAAAAUAUACUUGAGUAUAUAACACCUGAGUCCUCAGGAAUGGCAACGCAUGGGGGGCAUCAUGGGCGAAAUAGUAUACUCUGUUAUGUCCAUGGUAUUCUGCUCAUGUCUAUAGGCGACGGUUACCACUUUCCAUCAGCUUGUUUGCAAUUCUAAGUUGUAUAAAAAAAGUUAUUGUUAGAGGUUUUAUUAAACAUUCACUAGGAACAUCGAUUAUGAAAUUUAGUUAAAAAUGGACUUGACAUAAACCUACAUUCAAGAUUAAAUUUAAAAAAUUUACAUAUUUAUUUGUAAUAAUUAAACACGUUACUGUGAAAAAUGUAGAUUGCCUCUGUCUAAACUUGAUAGUAGGAAGGUUUUAACAAAAUAUUACUGCACAAUACAAUUGGGCAACGUUAAGUAAUAACAUAUUUUUGGCUUACAUCACUUUACAUAGAAGUUGGCAACAAACUGACGUAUUUUCUCACUAAACUAACAUGAUAAUAAUUACCAAAGAUUAUAGGAUAUCAUUGGCUUAUAUAUAUAUAUAUAUCCGGUAUCAAUUUUUGGGUAUAUUUUCGAAAUUUAUGAUCCAAUUUUCUUCCAAUUUGAUUCUUUUUUAUUGAAUUUACUAAUUUGGUUGUUGACGAGAAAAACAUUAAUAUGUUCUAAUAAGACUUUGAUAUUUUUGUAAUCAUUCAGAAAGCUAUGUUAAAAUUAUAGUUAAUUUGUUUUGUAUAACAAAAACAGGUUAAAUCUAUUUUAUUAUGUUAGUCCUGUUACCUAUUCGGGAAUUGUGUGUUUUUAUAGGCAGUCAAAAGAACUUGCUUAACUCGACAAAUAGAAAAACCUAUUUCAAAAUAAUUUAUUCGGCUCAUAUCUGUCAUGAUAGGUACAUAUUGCAUAGUGCAUAUACAUUUGAGAAAUAUGAAAUUACUUUAAACUACUUAAAACGUAUUUCCAAAUGUAGACAAACAGUAAUCUUGCGACACACAAGUUUGCGCUUUGUUGCAUAGUUUUUGUUUAUUACCGUAUUUAUUACGUGUUUCUUACGUAGGUACUUUACUCACGGAUUUAGGUAUUUCAACACAGCUUUGAUUGUGUUAUCCAAUUUUAUGUAUAAAUAAUAACUGGCUCUAAUACUUUAUUUACUUUUCAUGAAAAAAAAAAGAGAAUUUCGCCAUCUUUUAUGUGAUACGUUCGUUGUUAAUUCUAAACCGUUUGAAAAAUGAAUGUUUACUUCCGUAUUUUUCCAUAUAUUUUUUUAAAGAUUAAAGUCAGAUGCAAUUUUAAAUUAUUACCAUAGAAUGAUAUAAUAAUAGAAUUAAAUUAAAAUAAUUUUAAAUUAAAUUCGAAUUAAGAAAAAUUGUUUCAUCUUCAAGAGACUUCAAGAAAGAGAAAUAAAAUGAGUGUUCACGCAUUAAAAAGAUGCAGAAAUUAUAAGACAAAAUAAAUAUAGAAGUUAUAAAGGAAACAUUGAUAACUAUUUAUCACGCAAAAUUGUAUGAAAAAAUUGACCCGUUUUUUUUCAAAGCAUUUCUAAGGAGACACUCUAUCUAUAAAAUCUAAGGUUCCAAAGUAUAAUAGCCUGUCUGAUGAUAGACAUAAUUUCUCUUUGUGUAAGCUUUUUUGCACAAGUACAUUGUAGGGUACAAGUUUAUGGAUUUUAUUAUGGCAGUCCUAAACUGUAAUCCGAAAAUUGUUUCUCGUUAGACUCAAAAGUCCAAACUACGAGACAAACAUAGAGAGAAAAUCAUUGGCGUAUUUAGAUCAUUUUAAAGGAGGCAGGAGUUUCAUUACUAGCAAUACACUCCAUUAGAUUGACUUCCACGCAAUUCCCCUAAGACCCCAUCGUGGUUAACUCCAGGAUAAUUAAUUACAAAGGGCUGACUGACUCGCCUUCAUUCUCUUCUGUCAUCUCUCACUGGUGCUUCACCAGCGUAUACCGAUAGCGCAGACGGGGUUACCGUUCCAUUAUCAUCCAUUAAAAAAGCGCACCACUAUACCCUUCCUAGACACGUCUUUUUUUUUAUAAGUGAUAUUGAAAUAGUAACCCCAUCAGCGCUAUCGGUACACGCUGAUAGGGCACCAGUGAAGGAUGAUAGACGAGGAUGAAACAGGUCAGUUAGCCCAUCGUGACGAAUUCAACGAUAAUUGUUCACGAUGGUUUCCAGGGGGAACCACGCGGAGGUUGACCUGAUAGGGCAUAUUGCUAGCAAUGGGGCUGUCAAACUCCAUUACUAACAAUCCCCCCUCCCCCCAGACACUCUAUUGGGAAAUUGUAUUUGCCAAUAAAAGUCUCUCAUCUGCGCAGACUAUAAAGGGACUUGGUUGUAGACGUUCACGAAUUUACGAUAUGACAUUAUCGUCGACGGACAGUUUAAAGUUUUCAUAAAAUUGACGUUAACGAUAGGUCUACAUCGAGUCGUGUUAACAUAAAUAAAAAAAAAACUCAUUAGGAAUUUUUUUACUUGAAUUAAUUAAAUUUUGAUUUACACUUAUACUUACUAUUUUUAUAAUUAUAAAUAUCAUAUUCUUCUUUAUUUAAUAAUUAAUGAUAUAAUUAAAUUAGUUUAAUCAAACGUUCCUGGUGUUAUUACCAUGAAGUCGUGCACGUCGUUUGCAUUAUCAGGUCCGAGGUUUGAUUAACGAUCGAGUCAAUUCAGGGAACGAAGAUUUCUAAUUUGGCUCGGGUUUAAGUGUGUGUGUAUAAUUGUUACAUUUACUUGGGUAUUCGAAAACCUUAUGAUAGGUAAGUGCUAAUAUCCAAUAUAGAUAAGUACUUACCUACACUGGAUAUAAUACGGUAAUAUUAAAGUUAUGAAAGUCGAGGGAUCAAUUUGAAUAUAAAUAAGUAGGAAGAAGUGUGAAUAGAAAUACUUAAAAUAUUCCAAUGUAAUUCCAGUUUUUUUUUUUUAUAAAGCGUUCCUAAAUACGUAUCUUUUUUGUUUUUGGCGGAUGCACUUUGUGCCGUGGCAUAAGAAAGAAAAAAAAAAUACGUAUCUUUGUUUUCGCGCCUUUUUUCCAAGCGAAAUUUUUUUCACGUAACCUUCAUCUAUGGGUAAAUAGGUAGUUCUUUGUAUACCUAGAUACAGACUCCACAUACAAGACACGUAUAGUUUAUUUCAACAGAGUUUAAUGAUAUUAUAAACAAACAUAUAAUAUGUUAUAAUGAACCUGACCGUCAUUCACAACAUUCAUUAGAAGCACUAAUAAAUAAUUAAUGUUGCGGUAAUACACAAUUUCAACAAAACUUACUUACGCUUUUGUUAUGUUCUAUUAACACAGAUAAUAUUUAGUGGAAUAACAGUACGUGGAACAAUAUCGCGCCCUUGUGAGCAUUCACUUGACAUUCCAUAAUUUAACAAUCUCUGCUGUAUGUAUAAGAUUUAAUAUUUACAGUCAUUUGUUAUUCUAUUUUUAAAAAUAGAGAACAUUAAUGUGAUACAUAGAUGUGUGAUUACUCGUAAUUAUAUUUAUGUAAGGUAUAGAUUAAGAAUGUGAUUUAAAUACAUAAAACAUAGAAAACAAUUUAAAUACAUAGAUACAAUGUGUACCGAAAUUGAAUGCCUGAAUAAACUGUAUACCUUAAAA